AUGUCUAUAUUACAUAAAAGAUUUGCUCGUAAAUAUCCUAAUGGUUUGAAAAAAGAAAAUCGACCGAAUACAAAACAACAAGAACAAGAACAAGAACAAGAAUAUUCUCAUCAUCAAUCGAUAUUUCUUGAUUCAUCAGAUCAAUCACGUGCACUUUAUUAUUUGGGUUUAACAUAUCAUUUAAAAGCUAAAGAAUUACUUUGUUCAACAGGUGGUUUAUUGAAUGAUAAUAUUCGAACAUUACUUAAUAAAGCUAUUAUUUAUUAUGAACAAAAUCUUGAUCUCAACAAGGAAUUAAACGACAAAGUGGCGGAAGGAAGAACACUAGGUAAUAUUGGCAAUGUCAACUAUUUAUUACAAGAUUACUCAACAUCAAUUGAGUAUCUUGAUAAGCGUUUGACUAUUGCAAAAGAAUGUAACGAUCUAGCAGGUCAACGUCGUGCACAUGGAAAUCUUGGCAAUGCUUAUUUAUAUUUAGAAGAUUUCGAUAAAGCUCUUAAUCAUUAUAGAGAAGGAAUGAAUAUUGGUGAAUUGAUGAAUGAUGAAUCAUUUAUGGCACGUAUGAAUUUUACAAUUGGUCGUGUUUAUUUUUUAAAACAUGAUUAUGAAACAGCAAUUUAUUUUCAUGAAAAACAUUUAAAUUUAGCUCGACAAUUAGAAGAUUCAAUAGGUCAAUGUCGUGCUUAUUAUGUUUUAAGUCAAUUAAAUGAAAAAAUUAAUCAACAUGAUAAAUCUAAAAAAUAUGAAAGUCUUUAUAAAGCUCUUGCACGAGAAAUUGAUGAAUCAACAGAAGAUACAAUUUCAAUGUCAACAAGAUCUGGACCAAAAAAUACUUUGCUCAAAAAUUUACGCACUGAUUCAAUUAGUAUAAGUCUAUCUGAAGGUGGUGGUACAAAUAAUAUUUCAUCGAUUACCUCAUCUCACAGUCCAUAUUCAGCACAUUCAAAUGCAAGUGUUAGUAGUAGUAUAAAUGAUGUACGUUCACAUAGUGGUUCACAUAGUAUUGCAACAAAUGAAAAAUCCAUAUUAAAUAAAAGUAAAAAAAGUAAACUCAAUUCAUAUAGUUUAAAAACAAAUUUAAUGCAUCAUCUUGGAAAAAAAUCACCAUCAGGACCACGAAAAGAAUCUUUACCAGCUGAUCAUGAUGAAUUAGUUGAACUUGUAUGUCGUAUGCAAAAAUCACGUUUUGAAGAUCAACGUUGUGAUCUUAACACAACAACUCAUCGAACUCCAAAUACAUUACGUGGACAUCGUAGGCA